AUGGCUGCUCUUGACAAGCAGCGAUUCCUUUCCUUGUUGGAAGGCAUCCUUCAACCCAAUACCGAGACUGUCAAGCAGGCGACAGCGACUCUACAGAAGGAUUUCUUUACAUAUCCGCAAUCUUUACCCCUACUUAUCGAAGUUCUCGCCAGUCAUCCAGAGCAAGCUUUGCGACAAAUUGCCGCUGUUCAAGCUGCUAGACUUGUUGCGAACUUCUGGCAAGGUAGCUCCGGAAAAGAAUCUGAGCUCGAAGGCCAGAAAGCCCAGAUUCGCGAUGCUCUUCUCCAGACUGCUGUCAAGGAGCCUACUCCAAUCGUGAAACAUGCCAUUGCUCGUAUCAUCUCUGCAAUUGCCAGGGUUGACCUCCCUGAGGGAAAAUGGGAAUCCCUCCCAGGCCACCUUCACCAAGCUGCUACCUCAAGCAACGUUUCUGACCGUGAGCUCGGUGUCUUCAUUCUCUACAAUCUCAUCGAGACCUUCGAGGACCAGUUUUCCGAUAAGUGGUCCGAUUUUUUCGUUCUCUUCGAAAGAACCCUCAACGACCCCGAAAGCUUGCAGGUCCGAGUCUACACGUUGAUGGCUUUGGGAAAGAUGGGCGAGAACUUCGAGUCAGAUGAGGACUCAGAUAGCAUCAAGAAGUUCAAGGCCCUUCUCCCAGCUAUGGUCGAAGUCCUCAAGCAGGUCAUUCAAAGCGAUGACCCCAAGAUGCUCGACGACUCCUUCGAAGUCUUCAUUAAUGCCGUUGGAUCUGAGGGAGCUCUCAUUGGCAACUACCUCAAAGAUUUGAUUGAGUUUAUGAUUGGCUUGGCGGAAAACACAGGGAAUGAUCAGGAUGUUCGAUCCAAGGCUCUCAACUUCCUUUUGACAUGUGUUAGGAUCCGAAAGAUGAAGGUCCAAUCCAUGAAACUUGGAGAAAGGCUUACAUUGAUGGCUAUCAAAAUUGCUGCUGAGCCACAGGAAGACGACGAGGGUGGUGAUGAUUCUGCACCCAGUAGAAUCGGUAUCUUGAUGAUCAACUUCCUCGCCGAAGCCCUUCCACCAUCUCAAGUUGUUGUUCCGCUUAUGAAGGCUCUUGGUCCAUAUAUUUCAAGCCAGAACUCAAAUGAGCGACGAGCCGCCUUACUUGCCAUAGGGUCUUGCGUCGAGGGGGCUCCAGACUUCGUUGCGACACAAAUAGAACAGGUCAUUCCAGUCAUUCACAAUGCCCUUACCGACCACGAUGUCCAGGUUCGCAAGGCUGCCCUUCACGCUCUCGCUAACCUCGCCGAUGAGCUCGGUGACGAAAUCGCCCAGUUCCACGCCCAGAUAGUUCCAAUCCUCAUCCAGAUGCUUGAUGUUCAAGGUGAUAGCAUCGACAUCAAACGAGCUUGCUGCUACGCCAUCGACGCAGUCUUGGGAGAAGUUGACUCAAAGGAAAUGCCAACCUACCUUAACUCCAUUAUGCCUAGGUUGAGUGCCAUGUUUACUCAAGAUGACAUUCCACUGAAGACUGCCGCUGUUGGAGCCAUCGCAUCUACCGCUCGAGGAUCCGGAGAGAAGUUUGUUCCAUACUUCUCCGAAACCAUGCAAGCUCUCAGCAGCUGUUUGACUAUCAGUGAUGGUGAGGAUGAACUCAGUUUGAGAUCCGUCACUUUGGAUUGCAUGGGCGCUAUCGCGGAGGCCGUUGGACCUACUGCUUUUACCCCAUACGUUCAAGAUUUGAUGCACGCUGCUCAGGCAUCGCUUGAGCUCGACCACACCAGGCUCAAGGAAGGUGUCUUCUCUUUCUGGGCUAUUCUGGCCCGUGUUUACAAGAACGAGUUCAAACCUUUCUUGACCCCUGUUCUUAGCGCUCUGCUCGAGAGCAUCAUUCAGGCCGAAGCCGAGCUUGACCUAGAUGAUGAUGAUGAUGCACCUCUAGUUGUUUCUGAAAUCGGCGGAACCAAACUUGAUACUCCAGUCGUUAUUACCGACAUGAUUGAAGACGAUGAAUCAGAUGACGGUAAUUGGGAAGAUCUUGCUGCUGUCACUGCAGUUUCCUUGGAAAAGGAGGUUGCUAUUGAUGCUAUCGGUGAAAUCAUCUCACACUGCACUGAAUCCCUCGAUCAAGCUGAGUUCCAAAAGACUAUUGAUGUCCUGAUUGAAAGACUCAGCCACAUGUAUGAGGGUGUCCGCAGGGCCACCAUUGAUACCCUGUGGAGGGCAUACGCCGCUUUUUGGUCCGCGCAGACCAAGGCCGGUAUCAACCAACGUUGGGAGGCUGGACUUCCAUUGAAGGUUCAACCAACUGCGGACCUCCAAAAGUUCGGAAAUCUUAUUAUGACCCGAACUCUCGCCGUUUGUCUUCAAGAAACCGAACGGGAAGUUGUCACCGCUGUUGCACAUAACCUUGGCGAGACUUUGAAAGUUUGCGGACCUUCUCUCUUCACAAACGACAAGGGUGAAGUUGACGAGGUUCUCAUCACUGAAACCAUGACUCAAAUCAGUCUAAUCCUCUCCAAGAAGCACCUCUGCCAACUCGAAAUGGAUGACGAUGGGGAGCUUCUUGAGGGCUUGGAAGAGAGCUCCGAGUACGAUUGGGUCUUGAUAGAGUCUGCCUUCGACUGGUUGCAGGGCUUGGCCGCUGCCCUUGGUCCUUCCUUUACUGCCGCCUGGAGCAAGAUUGGCGGUGAAGUUCUCAAAUAUGCCUCUUCCACCGAGGCUAUCGAGCGUUCUCACGCCAUCGGUGUAACAGCAGACUGUAUCCGAUACAUGCAAGGGGGUGUAACUCCACAUACAUCCACCCUCAUGCAAGUCAUGUUACGCAGAUUGGGUGAUGAAAACUUCGAAGUCAAAUCUAAUGCAGCUUAUGGAACAGGACUUUUGUGCUUCUACAGUGAGGACAAGGCCGAGAUCGCAAAACAUUAUAAUGCAAUCUUUGAGAGGCUUGAGGUUUUAUUCGGCACACAAAAGCACCGCGGCCGAGACAAUGCCUGCGGAUGCGUUGCAAGAAUGAUCAUGGGAAAUAUCAACGCCAUUUCCGACCUGGGACAGGCACUCGACGUGCUAGCUGGUGUUUUGCCGCUUGAAGAAGAUUAUGAAGAGAACGAGCCAAUCUACACCAUGUUUGUCCAACUCUACAAGGAUCAAAACCAAGCUGUUCACGCAAGAACCGACCGACUUCUCCCUCUCUUCGAAAAGGUGCUGACUACCCCAUACGAUGAGUUUAAGAACCCACUCCUUGACGGUACUCGCACCCAGCUCCAAGAGUUGGUCAACUACAUUCACCAGAACAAAUAA